CGAUACCAAACUCAGCAACAAUAAUAACAAGCUUGUUGUUUUCUUUAUAUGUCUAGUUAACAUGUCUUCAAGACCGCGACGUCUGGCAGCUAAACAAUCGGUUAUUAUUGACAUAUCCGACUCGGAAGAUGAUACCGCUGGAGCGGAAGAGAAUGAUGAAUACAGGCCAACAGAGACACGACGUCGUUUUAUAGAUCGUGCUGCAGCAUUAGUAGCAUCUGGCUCGGAUACAAGAAAACGUAAAAAGGAGCCCCAGAACAGUGUCUGCAAAGACGACGCUCCAGCAAAGAAAAAGCGCGCGAAAAAGGACAAAGAGAAUGCAAUCCCUAAUCAAGGCAGCGAUGUGAACGAUGCAGCCGUAGAACAGCCAUUAUCAAUAGCAUCAGAGCCAGAUGGAGGCGCACAUAGCCUAAUUCCAGUAACUCCUAGUACCUCUACGGGUCGCAGCUCUUUCUGGGAGCGACGCAAAGUCUGGAACAUACAUGAACUCUUAGCCGAGACAGAACACAUCCAACCCACAGCGGCACGGAACAUUGUUCAGCUCUUCGAGAAUGAGAAUACCAUUCCAUUUAUAUGCCGCUAUCGACGGGAUUUGGUGGAUCACAUAACACCAGACCGAUUGCGUGACAUACGAAACACUUACACGGAGAUUGUGGAUCUGCGCAAGAAGGCAGAGAACAUCGUCAAUCAGCUGGAGCGCGAGAAUGUGCUCAAUACGGAAAUACGUGAGGAACUGUUGUGCGCUAAGACCACUGAAGAACUUGAAUUCUUGUAUGCACCUUAUAAACCGGCUAGCAAGGGCACUUUGGCAGAGCGUGCCAAGGCUUUGGGACUGCAACAAUAUGCUGAUGCCUUACUGUAUGGAACAGCGCCAAAAGUGCAGUUGUUCUCGGUUGUUGACCCGACCAGCAAGGACUUGGCCACAGAGGAGCAGGUAAUGGUGGGCAUAUGCAACAUUAUGAUACACAACAUAAGCAAGAACACAAGGAUACUGGAGGAACUACGACGGCUACAAAACGUACAGCGUAUUGUGCUCACGUGUAGCAAAGCUAAAACGACGACAGUCUCAAAGGCGGCGGCUGGCCGUAAACCUGCUUCUAGUGGCGUUGCGGACAAGAAGCUGGACAGCUCGAAAUUCGAGAACUAUUUUAAUUUUCAAUGCGAUAUAAAGACAAUUAAGCCACAUCAAACCCUGGCCAUUAAUCGAGGCGAAAAGCACAAAUUUCUGUCCGUAAAAGUGCAGACUAGCAAUUAUUUAAAGAAUGAUCUCAUGCGUUUUAUAUCGCAAGAGUACAUGUCCGAAGGUCUUCAGUAUCCUUUGCGUAAGGAGGUAUUCACUCGCGCACUGGAAGAGUGCUACACAAAGAAAUUACAACCGCUGCUCUGCCGUCAGGUGCGGGCCGAACUUAAGGAAAGAGCUACCCGGGCAGCCAUUGAGGUUUUUGGAAAAAAUUUAAAGCAACUGUUGCUGAUGUCGCCGUUGAAAGGUGAACGAAUAUUGGGCAUUGAUCCCGGCUAUAUUAAUGGCUGUAAACUGGCGCUUAUAUCGGAGACAGCCGAUGUGCUGGAAACAGGAGUCAUUUAUCCGCAUGGACGACAUGCCAAUCGAACGGAAGCCGAGCAAAAGCUGGUACAGCUUCUUAGCAAAUACAAUUGUGGCGUUAUUGCCCUAGGAAACGGCACUGCCUGCCGAGAAACAGAGAUGUGGCUGACAUCUCUCUUCCAGGCAGGCAUUUUGGACAGUCGCAGCAUUCGCUAUAGUAUUGUAAAUGAGAAUGGCGCCUCCAUUUACUCGUGCAGCGAUGUGGCCAGCAAAGAGUUUCCCAAGAUGGAUAUGAAUGAAAUUAGCGCAGUGUCCAUUGCACGUCGCCUGAAUGAUCCGCUAAGCGAGUACGUGAAGAUUGAGCCACGUCACUUGGGCGUUGGCAUGUAUCAGCACGAUGUGAACGAGAAAACGCUAACAGAAACACUCAACGAUGUUGUCUCCGAGUGUGUGAGCUAUGUGGGCGUGGAUCUAAACACGGCCAGCCUCAGUGUGCUAAAACACAUUGCUGGUCUCUCUGAGAAGAAAGCCGAGAAGAUCAUUGAAUAUCGCAACAAGAAGGGUCCGUUUCAGUCGCGCAAGGAUCUGCUCGCUGUGCGCAGCAUAGGAGAGAAGACGUUUGUUCAAUGCGCAGGUUUCGUUCGCAUCGAACCGCUUAGUGUAGGCGGAAAGAUAACUAAUCCGCUCGACUGCACCUGGGUGCAUCCGGAAAGCUACAAAUUGGCGGAAGCCAUUAUACAGGAAUGUGAGUUAAAACUCUCGGAUAUUGGCAAGGCUAGCUUUAUGAAGCGCAUCAAGGAGUUCAGCAAGUCGCAGCACAAUCUCGAACAGCUUGCCGAGCAGCACAAGCUGCACAUGGAACGCUUAAAGUUUGUGCUUUUUGCCCUUCAGCGCAAGCUGCUGCAGGAUUACCGCGUCGAUCUGGACAAACGGCCAUUGUUCAAGCAGGGUCUAACACGCCUGGAUGAGCUCAGCAUUGGUGAUGUGGUCACAGGCGCAGUCACCAACGUAACGCACUUUGGCGCUUUCGUGGACAUUGGCGUGGAACGCGAUGGCCUCAUACACAAAAACCACAUGAAUAAUUGUGAUCUUAGCAUUGGGGAUCGCAUAAUUGCUUCCGUGCUAAAGGUGGACAUGCAGCGACGGCAGUUGGGCUUGCGUCUGGAAAACAUGCUGCAAGAGACGGACACAUCCUUUACGUUGAAAACCGAGUGAAUGGUUGUUACCUUAACCAUACAUUCUUGUUUGUCUAAAUAAUAUGUAUGUCUAUAUAAUUAGCACUUAAUUGUCUCAUCGAGCGGCUUUGUUUAACGAAAAUUGUUUUUUUUUUUUUAAAUUUCUAGAAAUUUGAGUUUACAAAUGAGGUUUGUUUCUGCGCAGCGAUUAAAUAAAAUAUAUAUACAUAUUCUUCAUAAGCAGCAUAA